AAACAUUGCCACGCUGGUCUUUGGCCCCGUUUAUCGACUUUCCCAGCAUCAACGAUGACGACUCUUCGAAAAGGGCCCUUUUGAGCGUAGUCAACCUCCUUUUCCGGUUCAAAAUGGAAAACAUGGUCUUUCCAGUAUUUGUUAUGUUGUCAACUACGUUGCGUGGUAGGGAUUUGCCAUCCCUGGGAAGCUCACAAACAUCAGCCCUUACAGGGUACUGUUACGGUAGACGCCUGCAUAUAUUUUAUCUGCUGUCCGUUAUGAGCAAAAGAGGGCCUCAAGUCACAAAGUAUUGGACACGGUCUUUUCAAUUUCAGCUUGCACCGAUCGAACCCUGGUGUUGAAAUCCUCUGAUCUGUACCUACUUGCUCCCUAUAUGUCGCCACCGGAAUUCCUCCAACCACAAAAAGCCGGAAGCAUAUUGCCUCUAAUGGGAU